AUGGCACCGAUAGCGGGUAGCGGAGCGUCGGGAUCGUCGAGUCUUUAUAAGGUGUGGGAGAUCAGAGCGCUGAAGCGGCAGAAGCGCAGCGACGAGGCGAGAAGCCUGCUGGAGCGAGUGGCGAAGCAGGUGGAGCCGAUUAUGGCCCGCCGCAAAUGGAAAGUCCCUCUGCUCUCUGAAUUCAGUCCAAGCAAUGCGCGGCUUUUGGGUCUCAACAUAAACCGAGGGCGGGAGAUUCGAAUUCGUCUCAGACCCGCAGGCAAGCCGGACUCGUUCUUCCCAUACGAGCAUGUGCUGGGCACGAUGCUUCACGAGCUCACUCACAUCGAACGAGGGCCCCACGACGCCAAGUUCUACAAACUACUAGAUGAACUCAAUGAGGAGUGUGACGACCUCAUAGCACGCGGUAUAACAGGAACGCCCUUUGUGGGUUCUGGUCACCGCCUCGGCUCUUCUGCUUACCCCUCCAUCCGCCCAGCAGCUGCUAUGGCAGCAGAAAGAAGGAUGAGGGAUGAUGUGUGGUGUGGGGGCGGGUGUGAGAGCAAGGGAGGGAAGGGGGAAGACGGAGGGAAUAGGGGACAAGGCGGGGCAAGGGAGAAGGAAGAGGAGGAAUGGGAGAGCGCAAGGGAAGUGGGAGAGGGGGUUGAUGGGCCACAGCAGCGUGCAAACGAUGGUAGACCCGAUGGUAGGGAUGAUGGUAGAGGAGGAAUGGCUGUGGGUGAAGGUCAUGGUGGUGCUGUUGGUCCUGGGCUGGAGGGGGAUGAAAGAGGGGAAGGCAGAGGGAGGGCUGGCGGGGCAAGGAAGCGACCACGUGGGGCUGAGGAGCACAAUUGUAGGAGUAGAAAGGUGAUUUCUGGCAGUGGCAAUGCUGCUGCUGGCGGUGCAGCAGGAGGGGUGAAGUGCACCGGACAGAGCACAGGAGUUACUGGUGGUUUCACAAGAGAGGAUGCUGCAGGAGGAGAGGAGCGAGCAAGCGGAGAAGACACAUGGACAUGUCAUGUCUGCACUUUGAUCAACCGGGGCAUAGUGCUUCAGUGCGAGGCAUGCCUUGCAGUGCGACCAUCUCCCGGGCCUAUCCAUCGCGGUGCCUCAGCGACUGCUGCUGGUACCAGUGCCAGUGUAGCCAUUCUAAUCGACGAUAACCCUACCGCUGUAAACAUUGCUGGUGCUGGGGCUGCUACUGACAGUGCUGACAUGGGACCAAUGUGGGCAUGCCACAGCCUGAGCAUCAGCUACGAUCCCGAGGUAGAGGAAUCAACGGGGUCGUUUUCCGUCUCACAGCUGCCGUUUCUCGAGUCUCUGCAACUCGAGGGAGAGCUGGUGCACAGGACUCACGCAGCUGCCUCAGAAUUUCACGUCUCUGACCCAGCUAGCGAGCCUGAAUAUAUCCUCUUGCCUCAAUCUUUCCAGCCUGCCAGACAACUUCGGCCGCUUAUCUGCCCUGAAAAGAUUGGUGCUGCGCAGAUGUCUCUGACCAACCUCCCGGACUCAUUCGGGCAUCUUGGAUCCCUCAAAAAGAUUACCAUGUACAUGCUCCCUCUCACGGAACUUCCGGAAUCCUUUCCUUACCUCAGCUCCCUGAAGUCACUGCUCAUGGUUGGUUGCCGCGAAAUCCGCCAGCUUCCAGCGAAUUUCGGCCGCCUAGGAGCUCUCAAGACGCUGUGCAUGGUGAAGCAGUCGGAAUUGAAGCUUCCAGUUGGAUUGGGGGGAAUGGCUGCCAUUCGAAGGAUUUUUCCGGGAGAAGUGUUCAAUCAGAUGCAACUCCCGGGUUCACUCACCCAGUUGGCUUCAUUGACUAGGCUUGACCUGGAUUUCAGUUUGGAUGAGAAUCUUGACGAGGGCAUGGGGAGGCUGAAUCAGCUGCGGCAGCUGCACAUACAGUGCUGUUUCAAUCUCAGGGAGGUUCCAUAUUCCGUGACAGAGCUGACUAAUCUGGAUACCCUCACUAUUGGGUUGUGCAGCCAGCUCGUGUCACUUCCCGAUAGACUAGAUGCUCUUUUCAAUCUGAAACGGCUGGAGAUUAUUGGAUGUCACCAUGAUCUAUGGCUGAACAGACCUCCUAUCUCCCUGCCGUCCUCUCUCGAGUCCCUGAGCCUGGGGAACUACAACCAGACGAUUCUUCUGCCGGACCUUCCUACGCUACCGAAUCUCAAGAAGCUGACAUUGAAUUUGGUUAAUGUGGAGGGUGGGAAGAGUUUAACCAGUGCAUUGCCUCGGUUACAGCAUUUGGAAUUGGUGUUGGCAGAAGAUACAGAGCAGCUUGCAUUCCCCUUGGCCUCUCUCCCCCAGCUGCGAAUCCUGGAGAUCUCCAGGGCUGGUAACAUCGAGAAGCUUCCAGGCAGCAUCGGCGCGGACCUGAAGCAGCUCCGGCAUUUGCAGAUAGAGAAUGCUCCAGAGUUGAAUGAGCUGCCGGAAUUGAUCUCUCAGCUUCGGCAUCUGACCUCCUUGGACGUUCAUGCACCCAAGCUGGCCUCCCUUCCCACCAGCAUCGGUGCAUUAUCCCGGCUAAAGGAGCUUGCUAUCUUUGACUGCACCGCCCUGGAAAGUCUCCCUGCUUCUUUCACCCAGCUCGCCUGCCUGAACAAGCUGAAUCUUGGAAACACCGGCAUCCGCUCACUUCCAGGAAACUUCGCGCAGCUGACCCGGCUCAAGAGCCUGGACCUGUACAGGUGUGCGAGAUUGGAGAGUCUGCCCGAAGAUUUUUCCGAGCUCGAGAUGCUACAGUUUUUUAGGUUUGGUGGGUGCACAGAUGAACUGGACGAGGAACGAGAACGGGAGUUCAGAGCUUGUCGCAUGUAUGGGGUAACAAUUCAGCGUUACUAG